AUGGACCCCGAACCCCCAGCUGGUGUUGACACCUCCAAACCUACUGUCGCUCGAAUGUACGACUUUUACCUCGGCGGAACCAACAACUAUCCCGCAGACAGGGCCACAGUCGACGACGUCACGAAAGGUAUGCCGUACGUGUUCAAAAUGGCCGCAGAGAGCCGCAGUUUCCUCCAUCGCGCAAUUCGGUUCAUGUGUACCAGGGGAAUCGACCAGUUUAUCGACCUUGGUGCCGGCGUACCCUGCGCAGAUAACACCCACCAAGUCGCUCAGAGGGUGACACCCAAAGCACACGUACUGUAUGUGGACAUUGACGAAACGGCUGUGGCAGUCGGGCAGAAGAUGUGGGCGGGAAACGAAACAACCUCCUUCAUUCACGGCUCGGCACUUGAGCUGGAUGCUAUUCUCUCGGACCCGGAAACGAAGAAGUUGUUUGACCUGUCUAAGCCGGUUGGCGUGUUGAUGAUUGGUCUGGUGAAUUUCUUGGAUGUCGAUGUUUCCAGAGACCUUUUUACGUCUUUGGGAAGGAGCUUAGCAGAAGGAAGUGUGGAUGUGCUUCGUGCUUCGUAUGGGAGGACGAAUACCCCGGUGAUAACUAGGUCGACCGCUGAACUUCCACCAAUUUUUCAUGGCUUUCGGAUGGUUGAUCCGGGGCUCGUUCUGCUGCAUGACUGGCAUAUGGAUAUGGCGGAGGAGGGAGACGAGAAUCCCCCUACGACCAAGGCAUGGUAUGGGGUUGUGCUGGAGACGUAA